AAUAUGCAUACAGCAUUUUAAGAUAGAGAAAAUUUAUAUUUAGUAAUGGAUUUGAUGCAAGGAGGGGAUUUAAGAUAUCAUUUAUGUAAACAGAGAAAAUUUAAUGAAAAAUAGACAAGUAUAGAUUAAAAUAAAAGUAUUUAGAAUUUUUUAUUGCAUGUUUAUUGCUAGCCUUAGAAUAUCUACAUACAAAUACAGUAUUACAUAGAGAUAUAAAGCCAGAAAACUUAGUAUUUGAUAGGAAUGGUUUAAAAUGAUUUAAAUAAUAAUAGGUUAUUUAAGAUUAACAGAUUUGGGUAUAGCUAGAAUUUGGAAACCUGAUAAUGAUAAUGAUACAAGUGGUACUCCUGGAUAUAUGGCACCAGAAGUAAUGUGUAGAUAAGCUCAUGGAGUAGCAUCUGAUUAUUUUGCAGUUGGAGUAAUAGCUUAUGAAUGUAUGAUGGGAAAAGUAAUUAAAUACUUAUUAUAUAGAGACCUUAUAUAGGGAAAACUAGAAAAGAAAUUAGAGAUUAAAUUAUGGCUAAAUAAGUUUUAAUUAAAAUGAAUUAAAUACCAGAUGGAUGGUCAGAAGAAGCUGCAGAUUUUAUUAAUAGAACUUUACAAAGAAAACCUAUGAAUAGAUUAGGAUUUAAUGGACCUGAAGAAGUUCAAUCACAUCCUUGGUUUAAAAAUAUCAAUUGGACUAGUUUUAUAAAUUAAUCAGAAAAGCCUCAUUAUUCUAUCAAUGUAACUAUCAAAAUAUAUUUUUAGAUUAAUAAUGAUAAUUUUGAUGCAAAAUUUGCAAAUAUGAAAGAGGAUGAAGAUCCAGAAACAAUCCUAUUAAAUGGAUAAAUGCUAAGAAGAUAAUCAAUCUAAGAUUAAUUUAAUGGUUAUACUUAUGAUUAAAAUCUGACACAAUAAUAACCCUAAAAUAGUAUUACUUCUAAAUAAACUAUACCAAAUCUAAAUACAUAGUAAUUAUCAUCUGCCAAAAGAACUAACAUAGAAGAAACUAAUCCUCAAUUAUCUCAAAUGUCUUCUAAAAAAUAUAAUUUAAUUUCAUAAACUCCUAGAUUACAAACUAGAUAAAUGCUUACUAGUGCAAGACCUUAAACUGAUCGAAAUCAUUUUACUAAUAAAUUUUAAUUCAACUGA